AUGAAUACACCCACUUCUGUAUCAGAUAUUCUUAAUCAAAUUCUCAAUUCAUGUUGCAUCUGCCAAGAACUAAUUAAAAAACCAGUCACUGUCUUGGAAUGUGAUCAUAUCUUACAUUUCAACUGUGCUAUUGAAUUUUUUGUAAUUAGUGAAAAUAUUACCUGCCCUGUUAAAAAUUGCCAAAAUCGAAUUAAAAAUAUAGAAACAGUUGAAAAGGAUAUUGAUCAAGCUGAAGAAUUACUCGCUCACUCAGAAAGAAAUGUGGUUCAUGCGAAAAAAGAAGUCAUCUUGUCUUAUUAUCAGUUCGGAAAAGCAGAUGCAGAAAAACUUAAAGAGUUACUAAAGAUAUCGAUCCCUCUACGCAUAGCACAGAGUAAGAUAAUUGCUGAAGUUAAGAAAUUACUUCCCAGUGGUACUUCUAUUAAUAUUAUAAAGAGAAGAAUUGCUACAGCUCGAAAGAUUUAUGAUAUCUUCAGCACAAUUGGUGAGGAUAAGAUCCAACGAAUCAGAAAUUUCAGUGCAUCAAACUUCGAUGUAUUGCAGAGCAAUGACCCAAAGGGUCUUAAUUCUGGUACAAAUUCAUUAGAGUUGAAUUAUACAAUUGAUGUAUUAUAUAUGGAUGAUACAGAGAUAAUAUUAGACAAAUAA